AUGCAAGCCUCAGAAGAGGUGCAGGAAGCUGCAAUAUUGUCGCCGGUUCCACCAGCUGCAGCUGAUGGGUCUUCUGUGCCGAAUACCCUCAAGCCAGCAAUCGUACGAUUUGACGCUACGAGCGGCUCAAAGUUCACCUGGAAAAACCUACUGGACCUUUCAAGAGUCAGCUCUUCCUACAGUUCUCCUCUUGCAGUUAUUGCCCAUGUGGAUGUGAAUGCGUUCUUUGCCCAGGCUGAACAAAUUAGACUGGGACUAUCUCCAGAGGACCCGGUAGUCUGUGUGCAAUGGACUUCGCUGAUUGCUGUAUCGUAUGCGGCGAGAAAAUAUGGCAUCGGUAGGAUGGAUACGCUUGCAUCUGCGAAGCAGAAAUGUCCCAACUUGAUACCUGCUCACACUGCAGUUUUCAAGAAGGGUGAGCUCAAUUGGUCUUACGUCGAUGGUCUCCCCAGCGCUGCCGAACAUAAGGUCUCUCUCGAUCCAUACCGUCGAGAAAGUCGCAAGAUGAUGCGAAUAUUCAGAAGCUUCUGUGAUCAUGUUGAGAAAGCAAGUGUGGAUGAAAGUUUUCUGGAUUUGGGGAGGCUGGUAUUCAGUAGGAUGCUUGAGUUGUUUCCUGCGUUGAGAGUUUGUGAAACCGAGGAGGUUGAGCUCAACGGCCGGUUGCCCGAUUUGCCAGAGACUAUGCCUGAGGAAAUUGCGUUAUGGAAAGGUUUUGUCGUGGACUCUAAUACGGAUGACGAACCAGGAUCACCACUCAUACGGGACUGGGACGAUGUCGUGAGCCUGAUAGGCUCCCAUCUGGCCGACCAAAUCAGGCAUAGGAUACACGACGAGUUGGGCUAUUUCACUUCAUGUGGAAUAGGGAGGGUAAAAACAGUUGCUAAGCUUGCGAGUGGGUUCAAAAAACCGGAUAACCAGACGAUCGUGAGAAACUCGGCAAUUCCGAUAUUUUUCAAAGACUUCCGUCUCACGGACUUUUGGGGUAUGGGUGGAAAGACCGGCGAGUACAUCGAGCAGAGGCUGAAUGUGCCCCAGGAGGAUUCUAUUGAGUUCAUACGAAGACUCUUUUCGCUUGAAGAGCUCACUGAUAAGCUUCCUGAGCAAGGCGAGAAAGUCUACCAACUAGUGCGAGGUGAAUUUGCUACUCCAUUGACUUUGCGCACAGACAUCAAGGCCAUGGGAACUUCGAAAAACUUCCGCGGGGAAUCUGUCACCAGUGUCAAGGGUCUCUAUGACUGGUUCAAAGUGUAUGCAGCGGAUUUAGCUCACAGGUUAAAUGAUUUGGACGAAGAGGAUGGCAUACUGAAUGCAAACCGCUCAAACAGGUCUGUGAGAAGACCGAAGACAAUAACGGUUCAUUUUUACCAAAAAAAUGGUGCCAAGUCCAGACAGUGUCCUUUUCCUCAGCUACCUUCAAUUGGAAAGAUACGAGAACUGAUUUACAUCAAUGGCUGUAAGCUUCUUGAACAGCUUGAGGAGAACUGGAAUGAGACUAUUGAUGGACCCAUGUUCCCCUGCUUGAACUGUUCGCUUGGUCUCUCCUCGUUUUCCAAUAUAAUGGUAACCAAAUCGAUUGACGAGUUCAUGUCCAAGGGAACUCUCGAGGAGGCGUUCCCGGCCAAGUCUGAGAUUGUCAUACCAGACCAAAGCGUUGCCUCAUCUGUGACACCUCCGCGCACUCCUAUUCUAGAGUCAGGUGGUUGGUACUGUGAGAAGUGCAAGAAGGAGUUCCCCGAGUCUAUGGAAGCUGAACAUCGAGACUGGCAUGUAGCGUCUGAUAUGGCCCAAGAGAUCUUAGAGCAGGAAGGAAGACGACAGCUUUCGUAUGCAGAGAUGCUUCUGGAGAAACGUCACAACCAAAAGGCGCAAAAUCGGUCGGUAUCGCCGGUUCCACGGAUUACAAAGAAACCAACGAAGAAAACCAAAACCAAUAAGAAGGUAUUUGACGCUAACCAGUCCACUCUACCGUUUUCAUAG